GAAGUGAUCGAAACUCUUUUUGUUGAAAUUAACAUUCCCAAUGGGAAAAAUAUUAUAGUUGGUACUGUUUAUCGUCCGCCUAAUUACAACACUCGGGACUUUUUGGACAAAUUUAAUGAGAUUCUUGCUAAAAUAACUAGAAAUGACAAAUAUUGUUAUCUGGGUGGAGACUACAAUAUAGAUCUGUUUCACUAUUCCGAUCAUGCCCCUACUCAAGAAUUUGUUGAUAGUCUAUUUUCCCAUAUGGAUAUAAUAAAAAGCACCUUUGAUCUCAUUUCUCAGCCUUUGGCCAAUGUAAUCAAUUUGUCUCUUAUUAAAGGAGUAUUU